AAGGGGCACCGGUCACAAAAAUCUCUCCAAACACAAUUACAGAAGGUGGACAGAAAAAAAAACCUCUUUGAAUUAUUAAACGUUAAGUCGUCUUUAUCACAAUGCAUUGGCUGAAAAGUCUGAGAACAGCUAACCCGGGAAUCUUGCAGCUGUUUAAAAAUGCAGGGAUCUCCGCCAGAGCUGGAGCUGACAACAUUGUUUUGUCCAGGAUGCAGCAACCUGUUCCUCACCCCUGCUGGGUCGCAGCAUCACCCCACACCCACAGAGCCUUUCAUCAGCAGAAGGGCCCUGAUGUGGAUCAAGGACACUCCAAAAGUAGGUUGAUGUCCAGCAUGGAGGACCUGCUUUUCUACACCAUCACUGAAGGCAAAGAGAUGAUCCCCCUCCCCCAGUUUAUCUCUGCUUUGAGAAAAACAGGUUUGAUGACGUCCGACCCUCGGCUGCGUGACUGCGUCAAUCAGAUGCGACAACACUCACGUGACUCCAAUGGUCCCGUCAUGAUGGACAAAAAGCUCUUCAGAAGGUUUGUGGUGAACAACAUCAUGCUGCUCACUAAGGCCUUCAAAAAGAAGUUCAUCAUCCCCAACUUUGAAGAGUUCACCCAGGAGAUUAAUACGAUUUAUGACAGUGCACAGCAGCAGGAGGGAGGACAAGUAGCUGAUUACAUUCCUCAGCUGGCUAAGUUCAGCGCUGAUCUCUGGGGUGUGUCUCUGUGCACAAUCGACGGACAGAGACACUCAGUGGGUGACACCAAGGUUCCCUUCUGUCUGCAGUCCUGUGUGAAGCCCCUGGAGUACGCCAUUGCUGUGCACGAAUUUGGAAGUGAGCAUGUUCAUCAUUUUGUCGGCAAAGAGCCCAGUGGAUUCAGGUUCAACAAACUGUCACUAAAUGAUGAAGAUAAACCACACAACCCGAUGGUGAAUGCUGGAGCUAUCGUCAUCAGCUCUUUAAUCAAGCCUCAUUCAAAUAAAGCCGAGAGGUUCGACCAUGUGAUGGAGUUCUUGAAAAGCAUGGCCGGUACUGAGUAUGUGGGCUUCAGCAAUGCAACUUUCCAGUCAGAGAGGGAGACCGGUGACAGGAAUUAUGCAAUUGGUUAUUACCUCAAAGAGAAAAGGUGCUUUCCUGACAAUGCCGACAUGAUUGCAGCCCUUGACUUCUACUUUCAGUUGUGCUCCAUUGAAGUGACCUGCGAGUCAGGAAGUGUCAUGGCUGCCACACUGGCCAAUGGCGGUAUUUGUCCAACCACAGGCGAGCGUGUGCUGAGCGCUGAAGCGGUUCGCAACACCCUGAGUCUCAUGCAUUCCUGUGGCAUGUACGACUUCUCAGGACAGUUUGCUUUCCAUGUGGGCUUGCCGGCUAAAUCUGGAGUUUCAGGUGCUGUGUUGCUGGUGGUUCCUAACGUCAUGGGUAUGAUGUGUUGGUCUCCACCGCUGGACCGUCUUGGAAACAGUGUUCGUGGAAUUCACUUCUGUCAGGAGCUGGUUUCAUACUUCAACUUCCACAAUUACGACAACCUGAGGCACUUCACUAAGAAACACGACCCCAGAAGAAGAUCGGAUGAUGAUCCAAACAAGUCGGUGGUGAAACUGAUGUUUGCAGCGUACAGUGGUGACGUCACAGCUCUUAGGAGGUUUGCCCUUUCAGCUGUGAACAUGGAGCAGAGAGACUACGACUCUCGCACGGCACUCCACAUCGCUGCAGCUGAAGGUCAUGUGGAAUCUGUAAUUUUCUUGACUGAAAUAUGUAAAGUCAACCCCCACAUGAAAGACAGAUGGGGGAACACGCCCCUGGACGAUGCCAUGCAGUUUGGCCAUGAUGUUAUUGUCUCAGUCUUGCAAGAGUACCAGCGUGUUUACGCUGACGGAGAAUCCCCAUGUGACGCAGAGGAGCAGAAGACCUCAAUGGAUACGCUGAAGAGCAUUGUUUAAUCCACAAGGGAUCACAAGGGUUUGUAAUGUAAAUCCAGUUGAUUUAAUUAUGCACCUAUGAGGAGUGAAAGAACGGGAUGAUUGAGGGAAAUCAUGAAUGACUGUGUUUAUCUUCUUUGGACUGUUGAAAAGAUGCAGAACUAAAUUCCCUCGUAGUGCUUUGCUGCAGACUGGGGGUUUGGUCAACAAUAUAAAGCAGAAUACAUCCGUUCAAUGUGUUGCUUAAAAAAUUUACUCCAUGAUUUGGCUCGGUGCAAUAUUAGCUAGAAUGGCCCUAGUUCCCUAUUCUAAUUUGGAUCUGCACCAAAUGCACACACUCAUAAAAACCAGUCCCAUAUUCAUUUAUGGAUCCACACCUAAAUUUAGUGGAUUCUUUCCUGACCAUUAAUCCAAGUUUCGCAGAAAACCGUCAUGUAAUUGUUACGUAAUCCUGCUGAUUAACAAGGACAGAUUAAAACCUUGACCUAAGCUUCUGAUGUAAAUAUAGAAAAUUAUGUUUAUUCGUUUUGAAUGUUGAGCUAUAUUUUGCUUCAUUGUUUUAUUUGAUUGAGGGAUUUCUUGCCCCACUGUGCAAUAAGUGUAUAGAUAUUCUUAUAAGUCUUCUUAAUUCUUCUACCUCAACAGGAGGUGCUUCAUUUGUGCCUCGACACUGAAACAACAGGUUUUCUGUGUAUUUGAUGACAUUGUACUGAGGCUCACAGGCCAGUCUACUCACUGCUGAAACCUCGUCGUGUUUGUGCCCGUUUUUUUCUUUCUAUCUGGAUGAAUUGUUCUCACAACAUGAGCGUGAGCUAAACGUGUGUCACAGAAACAUGUCUACGUCUCAGGCACAGGGAACAAUGCAUGUUUAGGUUACUCCAGCACAAAAUAUAAGCACAGUAUAAUUAAAUUGCAAUGUGUGCAAAUGAGUAUUUCCAACUGGACACGGUCGUGUUUGAAGUGAUAAUUUAUAUAAAAAGCUAAAUUGAAACUUAUGCAUAACCAAGUCAUGUGUCAAAAACAUAAUUUUACAGUUGAAUCUUCUCAAAUCAGCGCAUUUUAUUCACAGUUUUAUUUGAGUUGAACUAUGGCAAACAAACGACUCCUCAGCAUGACAUUAGCUUUACUCUGUCGCUGUAAAUAUGUAUUUUCCUGCUGUAAAUAAAUGGACUGUGAAUGUA